UUCAUUAAAAAGAGGAUAGUUUUGUCUUUUGAACCGUCUCACACACGGUAAUAAAAAUCAAAUUAGGGUUUUCUGGGCUAAUAAGCUUUCCUCCAAAAGGUUACCACUGAAUCCCAGCUGUAACGCCACGAUGGGGAGGAGAGAUGUGGGCGGAAGAAAUAAUAGUAGGAGAGAUUUGAGUCGAGCUAUGGAUUCGUGCGGGAAGGAUUUAUCUACAGCGGAGGAAAUCGUGGACGCCCUCCGUUCCUGCAGGUACGGUAAAUAUGAGAGGAUGUCCCGUCAAGCACUUGUCCUCAACGUCAGAAAUGUCCUUGAUGCCCGACACAACAACAAGAAGCGUGUGAAAGAAGACCAAGAGGAUGAUGAUUCUGAUGAAGGUGCUCGUGGUGGUAAGAUGAAGAAACAAAGACGUAAGUCAGUUUCUUCUUAUUCUUCGUCGGAAGACAGUGGCGGCCAUAUCUCGACUUCUGAGUACGCUAAGUUUGAUUUGACCAGUGAGUGCUUAAGAGGUGGCUACGCUAAGUUGAAUAGCUCCACGAAACUUGCUCCUCCUCCUCCUCCUCCCUUGAGUGGUAAAGUAGGACCUACUUUUAAAGACUUUGCCGGGAUUAAAAAAGUGUUGGAUGAGUUGGAUCAGUAUAUUCUGUCCCCUCUUCUCAAUCCUCCAUUGUUUGGGAAGAUUGGAGCCAAGCCACCAAGCGGGAUUCUAUUCCAUGGACCACCUGGCUGUGGAAAGACUCGCUUGGCCCAUGCCGUCGCCAACGAAGCUGGCGUUCCCUUUUAUCAGAUUUCAGCCACACAAGUUCUUUCUGGUGUUUCUGGUGAGUCAGAAGAGAAUAUUAGAGAGCUCUUCUCUAAAGCAUACAGGACUGCGCCUUCUAUUGUGUUUAUCGAUGAGAUUGAUGCAAUUGGUUCCAAGAGAGAGAACCAGCAAAGGGAGACUGAGAAGCGGAUCGUAACACAACUAUUGACUUGUAUGGAUGGCCCUCCUCCUGGAGAUACGGCUGCUGCUGCUGGAUAUGUUGUUGUCAUUGGAGCUACUAAUACCCCUGAUGCUCUUGAUCCUGCUCUCAGAAGGGGUAGGCGAUUUGGGCGUGAGAUUGCUCUAACCGCUCCUGAUGAACACGCCAGGGCUGAAAUACUCUCUCUCGUAGCUCAAAGACUUAGACUCGAAGGUUCCUUAGACAUGAAAAGAAUCGCUCGCUUAACACCAGGUUUUGUUGGAGCUGAUUUGGAAGAGUUAGCUGACAUGGCUGCCAGUCUUUGCGUAAAGAGAAUCAUGGAUUCAAGAAAAUUGCAACUCUCCGGCGACAGUGAUGAUGGUGAUGAUAGAUCUUGGCUGAGCCAGCCCUGGUCGGACGAAGAUUUGGAUAAGCUCUUUGUCAGAAUGUCUGAUUUUGAGGAAGCAGUCAAGUUAGUUAAGGGAUCUUUAACUAGAGAAGGUUUCUCUACCGUGCCAGAUGUCACAUGGGAUGAUGUUGGUGGACUUGACCAUCUAAGGACCGAACUCGACGAUUACGUAGUCAACCCUAUUAAAUAUCCAGACGCGUUUGAGAAAUUUGGAAAGAAGUUGUUAGAGACAGGUUUCUUGCUGUAUGGACCACCGGGUUGUGGAAAGACUUUGGUUGCAAAGGCAGUUGCAAACGAGGCAGGAGCUAAUUUCAUACACAUCAAGGGUCCAGAACUUCUAAAUAAAUACGUUGGAGAAAGCGAGCGUGCUAUUCGGACCUUGUUUCAGCGCGCCCGGACAAGCUCACCAUGUGUAAUCUUCUUUGAUGAGGUGGAUGCUUUGACAGGAAGGCGUGGCAGAGAAGGUGAUCAUUUGGUUGUUGGUGGUCUUUUGAACCAGUUUCUCACUGAACUGCACGGUGGAGAUAGACGUGACGUUUAUGUCAUCGGAGCUACGAACAGGCUCGAUGUGAUUGAUGGUGCUUUCUUGAGACCAGGUAGGUUUGCGAAUCUUGUGUACGUACCCCUCCCUAACGCGUAUGAGCGUGUUUCGAUCCUAAAAUCUAUUGCAAAGAAGAGACCCAUAGAUCCUAGUGUUGAUCUGGAUGCCAUUGCAACCAAGUACUGUGAAGAUUUUAGCGGAGCUGAUCUCGCUAACCUGAUGGACAAAGCUAUACACGUGGCAGUGAAGGAGAAGAUCCAGUCCAGUAAGUCGUCUGAAGAUGGCGAUAUGGAUUUAAGUGAUUGCACCAUCAAGAUGACUCAUUUCAAGCAAGCCUUGUCCUUAGUCACACCAUCUGUCACCAAACAGCAAAUAAAACACUACGAGGAACAACGGGAUAGACAUCAUAGACUACAAAGCAGCACCAACAUGGACCAAAUCAACGUAGGACCAUCUUUUACCUUCGAGUGAUUUUUUUUUUUAAAUAGAACUCUCUUAAUGUAUAAAUGUUUGCAAAAAUCUCGUUUUCCCUUAAGGGAGUUGCCAUUUGUUUUUUUUUUUGUUUU